AUGGAUCUCAAGUCACCUUCUCACAACACCUCUCUCCUUGACGGUACACCAUCACCGGCACCGCCAUCUCAGUGGCCAGAAGAUCCCUAUAAUCCGCCUACAAUCGAUCAGUCGCAUGAUGUUGCCCUGGUGAUCAGAGUGCUCAAUCAAUCCUACAAUUGCCAUGGCGUCUAUCAUUCAAAGAUCUUGCUCUGGGGCUCCCCGGGCUCUGGCAAGCGCCGCAUUGCCACUGAAGCUGCCCUGCAGUUUUCCGCCCGGACGGGCUGCAAAAUCCUCUGGAUAGAUGGCCGAUCGUUUGAAUGUUUUAUCCGCGAUUAUCGAGCGGCGUACACCAUCAUCACCGGCGAGAAUCUCCCUCGGGGCCUCACAUUAACCCAUACACUCCUGAAGAUCAAGUCCACCCUGGAAGCUCGCCGGGAUGAGUCACUCAUCGUCGUCUUUGACUUGCAGUUCUAUCUCGAAGAGGACGUGGAGACCGCACUGAGUACACCCGAUCUCUUUCUCCCAGACCGGUGUCGUAUUCUCUUUACGUCUUCCUAUGUCAUCCCCUCGGAAUGCGUCGGCGGUAACCGAGAUUCCUCUGUAACAUGUGGACUCAAGCUUGCCAGACGAGCGAUAUGCCUGUAUGUCGGCGGACUCAACGAGGAACAAGGCAUGCAGUAUUUCAGGGCUUCGGUGCCGCAUAGUAACGAUGCAGUCGACUGUCUCCGCGCUUUUGGGCACAGAGACUCAUGGCAAACCACGCCACUUUGCCUUGCACUUUCUUGUGCUUGUAUGCGCUUGCUGCAGGUCUCCCCGAAACAUUUCCAUCAAUUAUGCGCACACAAAGCCCGGGAAGGCUGUAGUCCAUCAUGGCCUGGCUACAGUCCGAUCUUUUCGGACAUCAUGUCUAUCCUGUGGGACGCUCUCAAUGACUAUGAUGUUGCUGCAGGACGGCUGUUGGCCAUAUGCUCAAUCGUCGAUCGAGUCGCCAUUCCCGUUCCUCUGGUAGAAAAAUUCCCGAUAUUUCAGAAUAAUCGAGAGCGACUCGUUUCGGCAAUCGAUAUCCUUCGUCUGAGCGGGUUAGUUGAGAUACACCGUGGAGCCGGGCUUGAAACAAUCAACCUUCACCUGCAGGUGCAACGAUGGCUGCAACUCAAACGUCGAAGGAUUGAGGACAAACAAGAGCUUACGGAUCUUGUCCACACAUGGGUCUCCGUGCUCAGCGACUAUCUAUCCAAACCCAAAGACGAGCUUCGGAAGAAUGAUCCCAUCUUCGAUGCUGAGAAAUUCUGGCGGAUGCUCGCUCAUGUCACGUCGCUUUGCAGUCUCAAAUCACGGCAAUCUCGGGAGCUGUGCAGCAUGCAAUACAUGGCUUUCUUAAAGCAUGUCGCCAUUUUCCUUGUCGAUGACGGUUUCUUUGUAGGCAUGGCGUGGGCUGCUGUAACUCAUGCUUUAAGCAUGUGCACUUUUUUACAAUCUCGGCAAGUUCAUAACUUGGAAUUGGACCGUGAGUACGUCCACAUUCGACAAGUAAGGGCCAAUGCCUACAUGAAUAUGUCGGAGUAUGGUCAAGCCGAGAUUGAACUUCGGGAGGCCAAGCGAGUUCUUGGUCGUCGCCUAUCAGGCUGCGCGGACAGCACACAGACAUUGCGCGAGAUGCAGGACACGGAAGCAUACCUGAGUGUCGUCCAAGGGAAAUGGCCGGAGGCGGGCCGAAUGCUCACUGAAUUGCUAGCCUACCCCGAACCCAAUGCCGAACCGUCCAAGGUCGCACAACGACAUUAUUGGAUGGCGAAACAAAAAGCGGCUGUGGGUGCAGAUAUCAGCGCAUUGGAACAUUCGCACAUGACCAUGUCUUACUGGAGAGAUUUACCCUACGAAGAACAAUGGGGCUUCAAGGAUAGCAGGCGCCUGUACUGGGUGGAGAAACACAUGCUGAAUCUAAUGAACCUGAGGAAGUACAAGGGUGCUCUUCUCCUAGGCACACGACUGCUGCAGAGAGCGCAUGAGCUUACGCCUCUUCUUGGAGCCUCUGUGUGCCGCUUGACAUAUCGAGUUGUGUAUUGCCAAUGCAUGCUCGACAAGGUGGACGAUGCCGAAAGCGCUGUGUGUCGACUUCUUGAUCUGCCAUCACACGACAAAUACGGAGAUGACACUACCCGAGCCUAUUUGCUGUAUACGUUGUAUGAGCUUGCGGUAGUGCUGCAACGCAAUGGCAGAGCCGUGGAAGCUGAAGGCUUGUACAGAUUUAACAUACAAUCAGCCAAGCUCUACGACGUCAAGAAUCUGAGCGGCACUGAAAAGUAUGACAGCUGGCGUGACUACCUACAAUUGGUCAUGUGUCUCGUUGAGCAGGGAAAAGUGCUGGAAGCCAGAAAACUCAGGGAAGAAUAUGAGUAUGAGAACCCAGACAAAGAGUUUGCGGACUCGAUCAUCCAAAACAGCUGGUCGGCCUAUCGACAGUCGAAGGAAUUGUACGAGAGAGCAAUCGAGGCGGAGAAAAGUGGAACCGCUUUGGAGUUCAAAGCAUCUGUUGAUUUGGCUGGAACUCGGUCAGCAUUGAAGCGGGCGGUAAAAUGGUUCGGAAGCCCAAAGCAUCGGCUCGAAGAGGGACGGGACUUCGAGAGCGACAUCGAUUUGCACCACAUCGGCCGGGCAAGGAAUAGCCGUCUUCUCCAGCUUCUGCAUUUUCCCCUCGUCUACCUGGCCUUCGUCGAUAGACGCUCUGGUGCUCUAGGCUACGAUUGGCAGAACACCGAGUUUUUGUGGGCCAAUCUCCAACAAAGCGUUCUUGGGCAAUAUUGGAAAUGGUGUGAGUGUAGGAGGAAGAGACGACGCAGCCAAAGUGUCCAUGAAUCAGAUGAGCCUGUUGUCACGCCAAAAGGUGACAGCGACGACUCCGAACGGAGGCUGAAACAGAAACUCAUCACAGACUGGACGAUACGAAUGCCGGAUAUGAGCAAGGCUGUCCUGGAAAACUGCGCCCCCUCUUGUCCAUGCAUUGAAGCCAAUAAACGGGGUCUGCUGGAGACAUCUGCGCUAGAAUCGAAACUCUUCUUAUGGAAAGAGCCGACAGGAGAAAAUCGCAAAUCAAAAAGUCAAUACAGAUUCCGGAACCCUAAACCAAGCCGAUCUCCGAUCCCCAGAGAAGAAUUAUUUACUCUCCUCCAACCUAACACUUGGUUCUGGAUCCAGCCUGAAUUUGCGAAUGGAGAGAGCGAGGGGGAGAAUUAUAUCAUUCCACGAGCGACUGAGAUUCCCGGAAUAGCCAUCACACCCCCUGAUGGUCAAGUGGAUCUUCUGCCGCUCGCCACUGAUCCGCAAGAGAGAGUGACAAAGUAUUACAAGCGGGACUAUGCGGCAGACUUUGCUUGUCUCUUGGAGAAACAUGAGCGCGGGUGUUAUAGACCGACACGGUUAGAUGACAUCUUGGAGGACGACGAAGAGGAGGAAAAAUAG